AUUCCCGUAGAUAGCCCGAUCCGUCUAUAGAGUGCAUGCAAGGUUUAGUAAAACCCUAACUCCACCAUUUCUGUCUCCAUCUCUGCUUCUUGCCCAAAACUCACAAAAAUGGUUCGCAGUAUCAAAAAUCCAAAGAAGGCCAAACGCAAGAACAAGGGCUCGAAGAAGGGAGAGGGGACCUCUUCUUCAAUACCAUCCUUGCCUGCGAAGGUAUGGCAACCGGGCGUAGAUAACCUAGAAGAGGGAGAAGAACUUCAGUGUGACCCCUCUGCGUAUAAUUCGCUACACGCUUUUCAUCUUGGAUGGCCUUGUUUAAGCUUUGACAUAGUACGCGAUGCACUGGGAUUGGUUCGAACAGAGUUUCCGCACUCGUUGUACUGUGUUGCUGGCACUCAGGCAGAGAAAGCUUCCUGGAACUCUAUUGGAAUAUUUAAGAUAUCUAACAUUUCUGGGAAAAAGAGACAGUUAGUGCCUACUCGAUCUGAUGAUAAUGACACUGAUAUGGAUAGUAAUGAUAGUAGUGACAGUGACGAAGGUGAUGAAAAUUAUGGCCAAGGUGGAUCUGGUCUCCCUGUUCUGCAGCUGCGCAAAGUUGCUCAUGUAGGAUGUGUAAAUCGCAUACGUGCAAUGACACAGAACCCCCAUAUAUGUGCAUCAUGGGCAGAUACUGGCCAUGUACAGAUCUGGGAUUUCAGUUCUCAUCUGAAUGCUUUAGCGGAGUCAGAAACAGAAAUGGGCAAGGGAGUAUCCAAUGUAUUUACUCAGGCUCCAUUAGUUAAGUUUGGUGGGCACAAAGAUGAAGGGUAUGCUAUAGAUUGGAGUCCUCUUGUUCCUGGGAGGCUUGUAUCUGGGGAUUGCAAGAAUUCCAUUCAUCUAUGGGAGCCUCAGUCUGGUGGAACAUGGAAUGUUGAUGCCAAUCCAUUUAUUGGACAUGCUGCAAGUGUUGAGGACCUACAAUGGAGCCCUACAGAACCUCAUGUCUUUGCCUCUUGUUCUGUGGAUGGUAAUAUCGCAAUAUGGGAUACUCGACUAGGGAAAUCCCCUGCUACUUCUUUUAAGGCGCAUAAUGCAGAUGUCAAUGUUAUAUCCUGGAACCGGCUUGCUAGCUGUAUGAUAGCAUCUGGAAGUGACGAUGGCACAUUUUCUAUUCGUGAUCUUAGAUUGAUCAAGGAAGGAGAUCCUUUAGUUGCACAUUUUGAAUACCACAAGCACCCUGUUACGUCCAUUGAAUGGAGUCCACAUGAAGCUUCUACUUUAGCAGUUUCAUCAUCAGACAAUCAACUAACGAUUUGGGACCUUUCAUUAGAAAAGGACGAGGAAGAGGAAGCUGAAUUUAGAGCUACAAUGAAAGAGCAAGUGAAUGCGCCAGAAAAUUUGCCACCUCAGCUUCUUUUUGUUCACCAGGGUCAGAAAGAUUUGAAGGAAUUGCACUGGCAUACUCAAAUCCCAGGAAUGCUCUUAUCAACUGCUGCAGAUGGUUUCAAUAUCCUAAUGCCCUCAAAUUUAGAAAAUACACUUCCAUCAGCGGGUGCCUAAAUUUAUUAUGCCUUUGUAUACAUUGCAUGAUUCCAACCAAACAAGAUCUGGUAUGUUUACAAUGGCCGUUGAUACUACUGUAGAACUUGGAUAUCGUAGCUGGGAUAAUGGAUCUCAAGAGAAUUACACUCUCCUAGAUUCUGUCUCAUUGCAAGUUGCACAAAUUCAUUUGUUCUUGUUUGCCUUUUGGGUUGAGCGGGAGAUAAGAGCUGGGAAAGGUGAAUCAUGAACGGUUGAAGGGAAAAGGCGUGUAGCCGCUAUAAAAGCCAUGCAAGUCACUCAUGGAAUGUCUGAAGAAUAAAGAGGAUUUGGAAAUUGAUUAUUUGAUCUUUUUUAAUUCUUGUCUGCAAAUGCAGUUUGAGUUUGCUCUUAAAUACAUAUAAACUUGUUUUUCGCCCCA